GCCAGUACGCGGGGGUCGACUGUCUCUUCACGUGGUGCGUGUUGACGUCAUCCAAAGAGUCACGUGGUCUGGUUUAAUAACAUCGUGUUUUGCCUUCUGGACUGCAACUUUGGCAAGCCUCCGAGGGAGAGUUUUGAUGCAAGUCCAGUCUGCGCGUUGUCCACCCCCAGCUGAGCAAAGUGGAAGUCGACCGGACCGCAAUUUUGUCGAGCUAGCUCGCACUUCGUUCAGGUCGUUUUCCGGCCAAACACUGUGGAUUAAAGAGUGUCAGAAACGAACAAAGAUGCCGUCAUAAAUUGUCAUCACGAAAUUUAUAAGUGAAACUGUAACACCGUGUUCCAAACUUGACGCCACCCUUUAAACAUGACGACGGGCGGUUGUCACCAGCCCGACACCCUUUGUCACUGUGCAAAUGACACCCACGUUCAAACGAGCGUGGAGGAAGAAGGAGGCAGCAAUGGCGGAGAAGGCAGCGAGUGGCCGGCACACUGCGCCGGCCAGGUCACAACAGUUGACGGACACUCGCCGUCAUCCGUCAUCAAAACCCUGCCAAGCGAUGGUCCCAUUUGUCGCAUCUGCCACGAGGGAGGCUGCGCCGAAGUCCUGCUGUCCCCGUGCGACUGCACCGGCACGCUGGCCACGGUGCACAAGAGCUGCCUGGAGCUCUGGCUGGCCUCCUCCAACACCAACUGCUGCGAGCUGUGCAACGCCCGCUUCAGCAUCCAACGCAGACUGCGGCCUUUCACGGAGUGGCUGCAAGAUCCGGGCUCAUAUGAGGAGAGGAGGUUGGUGUUCUGCGACAUCGUCUGCUUCCUGUUCGUCACGCCACUGGCCACCAUUUCGGGCUGGUUGUGCCUGAAGGGCGUCAAGGACGAUCUUCAGCUUGGCAGCCUGCUGCAGAAUACGGGGCUCAUCUCGCUCACGCUCGUCCUCUUUACCAUCUACAGCCUCUGGACCAUGGUGUGCCUCCGCUUCCACUGUAAGCUGUACUCGGAGUGGAGAAGAAAGGACCAGAAAGUGCACCUGAUCAUCCCCAAAGCCAAGGAGGUCGUUUGUUCCCAGCAUGCCUUGCUUUCCACCACCUCCAUCCACAUGCCCUCUGACGAUAGUCUCGUAUGAGAGCCAAAGAGGAGGGGGGGAUGCUUUCUUUUUACCCUUGUUUUUUUUUUUUUUUUAGUUCACUUGCGAGGUUGGUUGACUUUGACAUGAGCAGAGGCCACGCAAAAGUCGAACACUGUGGACAGUCAAUGCAGGGUGAGAGAUACAUUGAACCCAUUCGAGGCUGCUUGAAGGUUGGGACGCCUUCAAAUGUGAAAAUAACCUUGAUAUUUUUCAUACUUACAAUGGCAAAACGUAUUUGCCAUUUCCAGCGUUCCAGUGUAGAUUCUGUCAAGAUUUCAACCAAAUUUGAACCUCCUCAACUAGACAGAUGAUGCAAAGUUGCACUGAAGUUGAGUUUUUGUUUUUUUGUGCGGUGGCAAAAUUUGAUGACCUGACCGUCAUAAAAAGACACUUAGAGGUGAUGCGCCGAUAUUUUGCAUGUGUUCAAUCAAAUCUUUUUUUUUUUUUUAAGGUGUGUCUGUUGUGAGAACUAUAAAGUCAACCAUUUUGCUUUAAGGCAGCCAUUUGAGGAGCAUUUUUGGCUUUUUUCAAGGGGUCCUUUUUUUUUUUUUUUUGUUUCCCCAAUCACAAUUCUGCACAGAUGCUCUUGCCGCAGGACUUCAUUCGGGACACGGUUGAGUUGCGUUUUAGUCAUCAAAUUGUAUUUAAUUAGCCGACGGCCUUAAACACUUCAUCGUUAGCAACAAUAGUCUAGAGCUCUGUAUCAUUUCACGUGCUUGCUCUUCAUUUAUAGUACAGUGUGUUUGAUUGUAUUUAUUUGAAUUAACAAUUGUUGAGUGAGCUUAUGUUCUGGCUGCGUGGUUGUAUUUAUAUUGUUGAAUUGUUAUUAAAACACUCCAAAAUAAUGUUCA